AUGCUGGUACGUGGCUGUGUUAACGUGUUGUUUAUAACAAGUGUAGUACACUUGGCAUAUUCAAGAUCAUACCCAUCUCUUUAUAGUGUGCCAAGAGCUUUAACCACAAUAGCUGUAUCAGCUUCGUCUUCUGCAUCAUCCCCUACUUCUGCAAGGUUUACAAACAUAGCUGAUUACAGAAGGAAAGAAGGAAAAGCUCAAGAAUUAGAAGCAGAGAAGCAAUUAAGUGAAGAUCAUGAAAUCGAGGAGAACCCAAAUGAAAAAGAUAAAAAUGAAGCCAAUCCAACUUUCCUGCAGAAAAAAAUUAAUAAAAUUUUAACAAAACUGCAGUUCAUAUCUAGUUUUGUUGCACCUCCUGAACCAGAAGAAAAUAACUCCACGGAAGUUUCUACAGAAGAAAUUCCAAGGAGUGAAGUUAAGAUUGAUUUGAAGCAACCCGACUUUUUCAAGUCCAAGACCCCCUUCCAAAACCUAAUCUCUCAACAGUAUGGAACUCCAUUGAAAAUAAACUUGGAUAUCCAAGACUCAGAAAGUAGUACCGAGUUUGAAAACUUUGAUGAUGUUAAUUGUACGAGUCAAGAGAAUAAUAAAAUUGGUCAAGCUGGAAUACAUUUUGCCGAACUAUUUGGAAGUUUCCUAGCGCUUGUUUACGGAGCUUUUGCACAUAUUAAUAAAGUUAUUCAAGGAGAAUACCAGCCUGAAACUACAAUUUGAGGGAUUAUCAAUACAGUUCUUAUAUUUAUUAUAAAUCA